AUGUCCAAUGCUUCCCAGAGGGCCAGGUCGGAGCCGCGGGCCAAGGGCGGCGGCAAGGCCAAGGGCAAGGGAGUUGGCAAAGCGGGCAAGACCAACGCCAGCGGCUCGAACCCCUUGGACUACGUCCGCUGUGCGCACUGCUCGUACAAGAGGAACUUCAAGUCUAGGGCCGAGUGCUACAAUUGCAAGAAGGCGCUCAAGCCUGCCGUCGUGGACGGGGCCGCGCGGCCAUGGGCGGCGGCUUGGUCCUUCGUGCGGAAGCCGUGGGUGGCGCACGACGAGGCCUGGUAUGCCGGCCCGCCGCCAGCGGCCAGCCCUCCCUCCGACGCCGAGUGCCUCGCGGCUUUGGCGGCGCGGCACCCUGAGCAGUGCCAGCAGCUGGAGGCCCUCAAGUUGGCGGUCGCACCGCCCGUUGUGGCCACGGUGCUGCCCGACGUGGCCCUCAACCGUGCGCAGGCCAAGCAGCGGAGGGCUCAGGCCACCUUUGCUGCCAAGACCCGGCAGGUCCGCGACGCCGAGCAGUGGCUCCAGGCUUGCCGCGAAGAGGAGCUGCGCGCGGGGGAGGCACUCAUGGCGUGCAACCUGGAAGUGGAGGACGCCUACAAGGCCGCCGCGCCCAAAGGUAUCCAGGUGCAGGCGCAGGCGGAGCAGCAGCAGCCAGGAGUUGAACCCAAGCCAAUCGUCGGGCUCAACGUCACGGCGCUGUUGGCGGAGGACUUCCAGGUCGAAGCGGGCGACGCCUUCAAGCUCGACGAUCCCGACUUGGACAUCACAGAUGCCGAGCGUGAGGAGUUCAGCAGGUCCCUGCAGAGCUUCGUCGACCAGGUCAAGCAGCACGUCCGCACCACGUUUGGGGACGCCAAGGCGCAGCUGGAGCAGAGCCGCAGCGAGAUCGACGCCAUGCAUCAGCUGCUUCUCGCCAGGACGCAGCCCCUGGGCAGCCACCUGGGGACGGUGCUGCUGCUGCUGGUGCUAGCCUUGCUGAGCCACCCAGCCUGCGCGGCCCAGAUGGCCCAGCCAAGCUGGAGCAGCUCGGGCGAGAGCUGGCCCAAGCCACACCCGUCCCAGCGGACGUCACUGCGUGAGCCUCCCACGUGGUGCCCAGGAGGUGAGCCAGGGGCCAGGCCCAGCGCGCCACGGCUGGCCCGCAUGGGCAGGCGCGAGCAGGGCAUCCUGGCCACCCGCAGGCGGCGCAGGGCGAGGCGGUGGUGCCUCGCACCGCGCCUGGGAGCCUCCCCUCAGGACAGCCGCCAUUGGAACUCGGUCUCCUACAUCUUCCACCAGCGGGGCUCCCUGGAGUACACCGACAUGCUGGACGACCUGGCGGCAGCCCCAGGCAGCGGCGCGCGCACCGCAGAGAGGGGGAGUUUCGCUCAGGAGUUGUGCGACGAUGCUUGGAGUCGUCCGUGGAGCAUCGUCUACAGGCGACUUCUACGGCAGAGCGUGGAUGACUGGCAGGCAGCUGAGGAGGCCGCCAACGAGAAGGAGGCCAACCACAGCAUGGUCUGGGACGCCAACCUACAGUGCUGGAGCCUCCUUACCGCCCAGGCCCCCCAGUUCGCCAAGGGCCCACUGUCCCCAGACGACGGUUCCCAUCGGCAGUCCGUGACGCUGGAGGCCCAGGAGCCCGGCCCCGGCCACGACCCUGCUGGAGGAGGCUGCCUGGAUGUUGACGGGCAGAGCGAGGCGAACUUGACGGCCAUCAGCGAGGACAGCGGUGGCAGGCCAUACCAGCCACCAGCAGCAGGGGCACGGAAGGGUUCCCGACGGCGGCGCAGCAACAGGCCCUUCACCUUCCACAGCCUCAACGCCAGCCUCAGUUGGGGUAACGGCGUGGCGUGCCUCCAGGGCGCGGCAGACCAGCAGAGGUCCGAGGGCAGGUUUCUGUUCAAGGCUUUCCAGGAUCACGGCAAGCGACACUUGUGGGCCGAGGAGAGCGCGAGGGUGCACCAGCUGGGAUGGAGGGCCCUGCCAGUUCCAGCCGCCCACGGACCGAGCGGGCGCGACUCGGUGGGCGUCUUGCAUGCUGUGCCUGCAUGUGUCAGCGUCACUCUUGCGCCCGAGCAGCGACACUGGGGCAUCUCUCCCCCAGGAGGUGCGGGCAGGCUUUGGGUGGCCACGAUCGAAGCCAAACACAGUGGCGAGCUCUUGCUCUAUAGUGCUUACUGCGUUACUGGUCAGAGGUUUUCGCCUGUGGGCAACGUGGCUAGUUUGGCCGGUUUCGUCGUGUGGGUGGUCAAGCUCCAGCUACCUUUGAUCGGCGUCGCG